AUGGCGUCGAGCAACAACUCGGGUGCCAAGCGCUCUUCUGCGGUCGACGACGUCAUCAGCAUCUCUUCAGACGACGAGGACCUUGGGGCGCAUGCCGCAGCUGAAGUCUCCGCCUCCCAUCGUCGCAGACACAGCGAAGAACGGAAGACUUCUACUCGGCCAGCAAACACGCGCAACCUCUCGCCUGAACGCCCUCAAAAUCGUACGAGCAAGCGUCCAAGGGCCAACGCACCUCCGGAGAAGGCACGGUGGGAUCCAUCAACGGCGAAGAACCCACGACAAGACCUCGAGGUAUCCGCCGACAGAAACGAGGCGCUGCAAGAAGCCCUCGUCGCGGUGUCGGCUGCUAGGGCUACGUUGCAGCAUGAACUUGACGCAGCGUACGAGGCGUCAGAUGAACUCUUACAGCAGCUGGCCUCCAUGACGCAGGAACGGGACAGUUUACAGCUCAUUGUUCAGGAAGGGCACGAACACAGGGUGAAGACGCAGGGGUUGACGGAUGCACUGCAGAGCGAUACAACAUGCACGGUGUGCACUUCUCGGAUGUGGCUACCCUAUGUUUUGCCCUGUGGCCACUCGGCAUGCCAAGCGUGCCUGCGCGAGUGGUUCAGCGAGGCCCUGAUGCAACACCUGGGUCGGAACCCUCAUUUAGAGUUGCCUAAUCUGCAGCCAUACCACGAAGCUCUCCGCAACGCUGAGCUCACAAGGGCAGAUCGGGAGCGCGUCAAAGCAGAGCUCAUCGACCUUUUGAAGGCCUAUCCUACCCCGCAUUACACAUGCCCGAUUUGUCGACAGUCGAUCAAGACAAAACCAAUCGAGGAUAUCGCUCUCAGGAGCAUUGUGUGCGCUGUCGCCAACGCGCUCGGAGAAGAGAACCCAACGACGCACGGAGGAGUCGAAGGAGUUCGCAGCAUAUGGGACGGGUUCUUCCUGCCUACGGUUGAUGAUCUCGAGCUCGAGUAA